GCAGAUAGUUGUCCGCGCUGUAGCCUGCCUGUAGCCAAAAAGGAAGGAAGGAAGGUUGUGGAGAAGAAGGAGAGGAACAAAGAAAUGGAAGGACUUGUUUUCUCGCACAUCAAGCCAUAGAAGAAAAUUCGUACGUCAAUCACACCAAUUUGAUUCUCCAGAAUCUUGGGCGGAUUCUACUAGAAAUACAUAUUUUUUUGGUUGCUUCCUUAUCUCAUUCGCAAGUGUCUCUGGAUUCUCGGCCUUCCUCCUCGUCCUCGUUCGGUUUUCUGCGCUGCCAUUUUCAGGCUCUUCCAAUCACAGACUCUACAAUGAGCAAUCCAUACGGCGUGAGUCAGGAUCAAAUGAGUAUUGCUGGAUUUGACGUCCCAAAUUCUCCGGACGCAAGCUAUAGCAACGCCUACAAUGCAGGUGAAGAUGAAGGGCGGGAGCCUCCGAGUCUGCCGCCCCACCUCCAGCAUACGCUGCUAAACCAUGCAACGAACAGCAGCGACACAUCGUCGGGCUCCCUUCCGUCCCCCCAGAAUGUUACUCUGAAUCACCUCUACAUCGAGAACAGAGAGCCUCCGCGAUCAGUGGUGGCGCUCGGGGUCACUCACCGCUUUCGCGCCAAAUUUGUUACGGUGGUGCUGUAUAAGCCGGUUCCGAGGAGGUGAUCUGAUCCGACCCGAUCCGACCACAGUCUCUGUUCGAUUUAAUUUUAUUCGAUAUUAUUAUUGAGAGCGCGGUAGCUGUAAUUGAUUUGAAUUGCAGAUUGAGAGAGAGAGAGAAGAGAGAGAGAGAGAGAGAGAGAGAGAAGGAAGGUAUAAUGAACUAAUACAGUAUAAUGCAAGUUAGGUACUGCCGUGUGUGUGUUGUUGUUGAAGGCUGAGAUGAGACAGUUGAAAUUUGUUUGUGUUGCUUUCCUUCCUUCCAUCAUUAUUGACUUCACUUGAAUUUAGUUGCUAUUUAAAGGGAUAGAAGAAAUUAUAAACUCUACUUACUAUUUGUUGUUA